GAGGGAAAAAGGGUGGGGACUAGCAAAGGAGCCGAAGAAAGGACCGGAGCGAGCCGGGGCGCAGGCCGCGGGGGCGCACGGGACCUCGCCAGCCGGGCCGCCCCGCGGGCGAGCAGGCGCCGCCAUUCCGCUGCUCGGGGCGCCGCCGUCGCCGCGCCCGGGGGCCAUGCUCCCGCCGCCCCCGCGCCAGCCGCCGCCCCAGGCGCGCCAGGCCCGCGGCGCGGUGAGCCUGCAGCGGCCCUUCCUGCGCGGCCCGCUGGGCGUGCUGCGGGUCCUGCAGCUGCUGGCCGGCGCCUCCUUCUGGAUCACCAUCGCCACCAGCAAGUACCAGGGCCCCGUGCACUUCGCGCUCUUCGUGUCCGUGCUCUUCUGGCUGCUGACCCUGGGCCUCUACUUCCUCACGCUGCUGGGCAAGCACGAGCUGGUCCCCGUGCUGGGCUCGCGCUGGCUGGUGGUCAACGUGGCGCACGACCUGCUGGCGGCCGCGCUGUACGGCGCCGCCACGGGCAUCAUGAUCGACCAGACGCAGCGCCACAGCUACUGCAACCUCAAGGACUACCCGCUGCCCUGCGCCUACCACGCCUUCCUGGCGGCCGCCGUCUGCGGGGGCCUGUGCCUCGGCCUCUACUUGCUCUCGGCCUUCUACGGCUGCUGCCGUCGCUGCCAGGGCAAGCAGGAGGUGGCCUGAGGCCGCCCGUGCGCCCUGCGGCCGGAUCGGCGCCUGGACCUUCCGGGCCCUCCCGCCGCCCCUCGCCGGCGUGGCCAGCCCGCCACCCCUGUCCUGGUUCCCACUGCCACCCGAGCCCAGGAUCCCAGGCACGCCGUCCCCGCAAACCGCAGCGCCGUCGCCCUGAGUCCAGAGCGCAGCAAGCUGGGGCUGUCGGUCUCCGGGACCGCGCAGCGACCCAAGCGAUGGACGCCAAGCGCACACUGCUGCCCGGCACUCCCUCAACCCUCGGCAAAGCUCAGCGGUUCUUCUCCUUCCCUGCUGAGAGCAAGACGUGGACCGACGCCGCGUAGAUCCGGGGAGGCUCCCAAAUUGGAACCAGUGGCGGGGCUGCGCCACUACCCGCCUCCUUCGCGUCCGCGGUCGGAAGAGCUGCCCUUCCCCGGCCCCUCUGCAGCCUCGGUGCUUGGAAGGCGGGCAGGCAGCUGCGGGUAGAGCUGAGGGCAGGCCUCUGCCCGUCCGCGAUGGGUUUAAUCUGAGAUUGUGUGGGGACCCUGCAUAACGCCUCCCUGCCCAUCCUUCGGUGCGUCGAAGUCUUUGGACGGGGCCACUCUUCAGGGGUGGGGAUGGGUAGGAAAGGCCCACGGGCAGCUCUCUUCCAUCUUUGGAGCCUUGGCUCCCCUCAUUCUCAGUCUCUCUUCUUGUGCCUCUUACAAGCCAGUCCCAAUCACACUAACUCCCCUGACCUCCAGUAACUUUAGUUUUUCCCCAGACUUCUACGCCACCACAACCCUCAGUAAGUUUGUAGUAGGGAUCCCACAACACCAUCACCGAAUGUUAGGGGGAGGCCCAUCCUCUUUUUUUACAGAUAGAGCCUCAGUUCUUGGGAACAGCCAAUUUAAAAUGAGAGCCUUGGUCUUCAAAACACUCCCGUUUUCAGGAAAACUGAAUGUUCCAGAGCGUCUAGCCCAGGGGCUGAUUUUACCUAAAAGACAUUGAAGGUCCAAUGAGCUUGUCAAGUACUGUCUCCCCUUCUUGGAAUGUGGAGAUGUUCAUUAGCAUAGCAAGGACUCUCAGAUCCUGGUCCCAGUAAUUUAGUUUACUGCUAUUAAUACUUCUGGGUCCUGAUCAGUGUUUUGCCACCUCAAAGUUCCAGGCACCUCUGUGCUGUCCCAGUUCCUGUUUGCUCCUGCAGUCUGACCUGUAAAAGACUUUGGAAACUCUUCUUUCCAAGGGAGUUUUUUUUAACAGAGGGACCCAGCUAAGUGAGGAAGGAGCUUGCUGCCUCUUGCCAGCCAGAGACCUGGGAACUGGUGAACUCAAGCAUUCCCUUAUAUUGAUGGAGAAAUGAAACCAAGGUUAUCCAGAUGUUUUCCCAGUUGAAAGUACUGUCAGCUGUGAGAGACCCUCGGAUUGACUGUGAGCUGCUGGCGUGCUCACCAAAAAGAAGACAAAUCUCUGGAGCCAGGGUGAACAGCCAGCCUGCCCCUGAGGUCUGUCUGCUCUUUGAAAAAGCUAACCUUGUCUGGACUCCAAGCCUUAAUAGGGGAGACUCCUUGCAGGGAUGGAACUCAGAGUGGCAUGCAUAUUAGGCUUCCAUGUUGCUGAGGCCAUGGAGAUUUCCAGAGUUGUCCUGGCUGGCAACACCAUUCUGGCCUGGGCCAGCAGAAAGUUUCAGUGUCUUUACUGGCAGUUGGGGCAGGUGGGAGAGGCAGUGACCUCUGCCUAGCAGCCUCCUACACCAUUCAAUGGAAGAUUAAUUUAACUUCAACCCAAGAGAAUUCCUGAUUCCUCUGGUGCUGUGAUUUGGGCACAAGAUUCCAGGCAUCUGGAAUAGAGCUCUGCACUCCUAUACCCUUAACAGUGGGUUUUGUUUCCCAUUUUUCUUUUACCUUUUUUUAGAUCACCAUUAAGUUGCAUCCUCAGCUCAAGACCCACCCUUUCAGAUCUCUUUCUUGGUCCCCCAGCCCAGGUCUGUGGCCAGGUGACCUUACUCAGGUACUCAUGGUGCCUUAAUCUCACUGGCUCCUCCAGCUGUGCCUUCCUGCUUGGCUUCCAGCGGCUGCAGUCCCUUCUGCCAGAUAUGAGAAGGAUGGAUAAGAUGAUGGCCAUAUUCACCCUUCCUCUCAAGGGCCUGUGCCUCGGUAUGGCCACCUGAUUCAGCCUAGAACUUUUGGCUUCUGGAGGUAGUCUCCCAGGCCUCCCUCCUUGACACCAGGAUUCAGGUCACCCCAAGGUCAUAGCCCAAAAGUCUGCGACCAUUUGUGUAUCUAGGUGACAUUUUUGACAGUGUUCUGCAAAGGCCACAGAGAGAGACUCCUUGGGAUGAGUUGGGGGCAGUAAGAGCGGAGGACUGAUGUGCCUUAUUCAGUAGCUUAGUAGUGGUUCCAUUAUGCUUUUCUCAAUAAAAUGUGUCGUAUCUCA